UUUUUCAUCAGAACAAAGUCAGAGGUAAAAUGAAACAAAAAGACGCUUGGAUUUUAUAAUUUAUUAUCUAUAUAUAUCACAUGAAAUUCAUACACCAGCGAAUAUAAACAUGAAGUGCCUUAAUAAGGCUGUCUGAAUUGGAACAGUGAAGUGGAUAAAUUUGAAGUCAGCUGACUAUGACGAAGUAUACUCACCACCAUGUUGCAGUGUUCCUGCUUACAUUUUUCAGCUAUGCAUUCUUUCAUGCUACAAGGAAAACAUUCAGCAACGUCAAAUCUACAAUCUCCGAUGAAUGGAGCCCAUCAUACCACAACAACACUGUUAACUUCACCAAACCUGAUAGGAUCUGGAACACCCGUCAUUUGUUUGACACAAGAAAAGAUGCUGAACCAUACCUAGGAAUUCUGGAUGCUGUUUUCAUGAUUUCAUAUGCUGUGGGUCUCUACAUAAGUGGCAUGAUUGGAGAUAGAUUCAACAUGCGGUUGGUGCUAUCUUUUGGAAUGUGUUCAUCAGCAGUUACGGUGUUCCUCUUUGGAGUGGUAUUUGAAUGGGUACACUUCUACAACAAAUAUGUCUAUGUCAUUGUCUGGAUCCUGAAUGGGCUCCUACAGUCUAUGGGAUGGCCAACGGUUGUAGCCAUUAUGGGAAACUGGUUUGGAAGAUAUAGUCGUGGUCUGGUGCUUGGUCUGUGGAGUGCCUGUGCGUCUGUUGGUAAUAUCAUUGGUGCUUUUCUGGUGUCUGGAGUACUAGAUUUUGGAUAUGAUUACGCUUUUCUGGUGACAUCCUCUAUUCUCUUUGCUGGGGGAGUGGUCAAUUUUUUUGGUCUUGUCAGCACUCCUAAGGAAGUAGGACUUUCGCUCCCAGAUGAAGAUGCUGCUGUUCAUCCUAAAGAGUACACAGUCCGCGUUAAUGGAACAGAUGAUGAUGAAACCAUUAAUAUGCCCCAUGUAUUAUACAAACAAGAACAUCUGGUUGAAGAUGAUGACACACCGAGUCAUGGGGCCAACGACAAUGGAGACAGUGAGGAAGAUGACACAGAAUUUUCUUCUCAAGGUAUGGAACUUACAAACAUAGUAUCAGCUCCUCUCCUGAACUCCCCCCACAAACAGAGUGGUGCUUCCAGCUCAGACAACAGACCAGCAGCCAUUGGUUUCUGUAGUGCCCUAUGUCUACCAGGUGUAGCAUUGUAUGCCUUAGCCUAUGCGUGUUUGAAGCUAGUCAACUAUUCCUUUUUCUUCUGGCUGCCAUACUACCUCCACAAUAAGUACAGAUGGAAAGAAACCGUAGCUGAUGAUAUAUCUAUCUGGUAUGAUGUGGGAGGAAUCAUUGGUGGGACAAUAUUUGGAUUCAUAUCUGACAGAUUCCAGCAUCGUAGUAUAAUAGUGAUACCAAUGUUGAUCCUGGGCAUUCCAGCAUUGUUUAUUUAUAAUUCUAAUUUAAGCAAUACCCUGACUCUGAAUGGUCUGUUGAUGGCUGUGGUGGGAUUUUUCAUUGGGGGUGUGGCCAAUCUAGUCAGUGCAGCAAUCUCAGCUGAUCUUGGAAAACAGGGACCAGUUCAGGGAAAUAGUGAAGCCUUGGCAACAGUGACUGGGAUCAUUGAUGGAACAGGAAGUGUCGGGGCAGCCAUUGGGCAGAUUCUUGUGCCAGUGAUACAAGAUGGUUUGGGAUGGAGAUCAGUGUUUUACCUGUUUAUGUUAAUGACACUUCUUACAGCCCUAUGUAUUCUACCUUUGUUUGUAAGAGAAGUGAAAGACCUGUAUGCUAAGAGAAGAGUCAGGUAUUCCUGGUUCACUGGUGCUUCUGUCUCUAACGGGACUGAGGAUACUGAGGAAUUGUUCAACUGACCUUGACCAGUUAUAUAUCUAUAUUUUCCAGUUUGUCUCUGACCAAAUGUUUAUAGAUCAGCAAGCUUUUUUAGAAGUACACAAAGUACAACAGAGGCUGUAUAACGGUAUUUUUUAAGGUGUCUUAAAAAUGUACAAUUGUUUUUAUCUUCCAUUCUGGUAUAUAAAAUUACCAUGCUGGGCAUUUGUACAUACAUGUAUAUUUAUGAAAAAGAAAUCUACAUUGCACUUAUUAUUAGUAAAAUUUACACCACCAUGGAUAUCUGAACACUAGCAAAUACUAUUUCUAGAGUAUGCAGUCUGACUGUUUAACAACUGUUAUAAUGUACAAUGUAUGCAUAAUAUGGGCUAUGCUGCUAGUCAACUUGUACGUGUAUAAUUUUUCUGCAACUGGAAUACCUCUUUGAAAACUAACCUCCAUCUCAAUUGUCAUUCCUUUUUUUAAACUUUUGUAAAUUAGUUUAAUACAGCUUUUAGCAAUAUUGUCUAGUCGUUUUUGGGUUGAGUUUUAUAUUUAUGGUUUAUCAUUUUACUGGGCUAUUGCUUUUA